GCUCCAGCCAGCAGCAGCAUCGAGCUAACAAGUCUUUGUGAGGAGAGAGAGAGAGAGAGAGAGAGAGAAAGAAAAAGGAAGGGGGGUGCAGAGCAGAGCAGGAGAGAAUCAGACUGCGAGAGAGCUGACAGCAUGAGCAUAGGAUGAGGGUGCAAAGGGAAAACGCAUAAGAUAGAUAGACAGAGGCAGAAGUGCUCAGUGCUGCACAAUAGUGCCAGAGGCUGCUGGAAAGAGAGAGAGAGAGAGAGAGAGAGAGAGAGAGAGAGAGAGAGAGAGCAGGCAUCAUGGCAGCGCUCACUGCAUCAUCACGACACAUGGGGAUGUUUGGCUGCUGCUGGUGAACACUGUGUGAUGCAGAGGAGAGAGUCGAGGACUUCCUGGAAACCAAAGGCAAGACAAGGAAACAGGUGUGACGAGUGGGAGGAGCCACAUGAUGAGUGGGAUCUUAAAGAGGAAACUUGAGGAGGGUCCGUCCCCUUACCUCUCCCUGCAGGGGUCUGAUGAUGAUGAGGUUUCCUGCAGCGACAGCGGCAACAGCAGCGAUAGUCUCAACCAUCCCGUCCCCUCCGGACUGCUGGACUCUUCCCUCCAGCAGCAGUCGAAGCGACUUCGGGGCCGCAAUGUGCACUUUGAGAGCGUGACGGUCUACUACUUCAACCGGCGGCAAGGCUUCACCAGCGUGCCCACGCAGGGUGGCAGCACCCUGGGGAUGUCGCCGCGUCACAGUGGGGUGAAGCGCUUCACCCUCAGGGAGUUUGCCAUGGAGCAGAAAAGGAGCCACCGCAACAUGCUGAAGGAUCAUCUCAAGGAGGAGAAACUAAAUGCCAUCAAACUCAGACUGACUAAGAAUGGCACCGUCUCAUCUGUGGAGGCAGAUACCCUGACACUGGAUGACAUCUCCGAGGAUGACCUGGAUGUGGACAACACAGAGGUGGACGACUACUUCUUCCUCCAGCCUCUGACUACCAGGAGGCGCCGUGCUCUUCUCCGCGCCUCGGGGGUCCGACGCAUCGAUGUGGAGGAGAAGCACGAGCUGCGUGCCCUCCGCAUGUCCCGGGAGGAGUGUGGGUGCCGCUGCCGUGGGAUAUGUGACCCAGAGACUUGUGCUUGCAGCCUGGCCGGCAUUAAGUGCCAGGUAAAUGGAACUGUGGUGGACCGCAUGUCCUUUCCUUGUGGCUGCACUAAAGAAGGCUGCAGCAACACCACGGGACGGCUGGAGUUCAACCCGGUCCGGGUGCGCACCCACUUCCUGCACACCAUUAUGAAGCUGGAGCUGGAGAAGAGCCGCGAGGAGCAGCAGCAGCAGCCGGAGCAGCAGCAGCAGCAGCUUGUAACCAAUGGCAACGGUUACCAUGGAGACUCCUCCUUGGUCCAGCAGCAGCAGCAGCAGCAGCCGAACCUGCAGUUUCCACUGAUGAGUGGCACGCCGCACAUUCCCAUCAUGCACCUCCAGAACACAGGCGACACAGAUUCACAUCUAGAUGAAGAGGAGGAAGAGGAGGAAGAGGAGGAGGAGGAGGAAGAGGAGGAUGAGGAAGACGACGAGGAUGAUGAGGCAUAUGAGGAAGAUGAGGACGGCAGCAGCGUUUGCAGCGGGCUGUCGGACUGCAGCACACACAGCUUAGAAACAAUCGACCCUGAGGACGGAGAGGAGGAUGAGGAGGAUGAAGAAGAUGAUGAGGAGGAGGAAGAGGAGGAAGAGGAGGAAGAUUGGGAUUGUUCAUUACACGGAACAAGUCCUCCGCCUUACUCUGUUCCACUUCCUUCUGUGCUGAGUUACUCUAACACCACGCUCAUGAGCCUCAGUAACCCCUUCCACAACACUCCCUCCAUGCAGCAUUAUCAGAUAGACAGCUCUGUAAAUGACACUCCUGCUUUUCUCAGUGAAAAUGUCACUGUUACUCCCACGCUGCCCACAGUAGAGUCUGCAUUAGAGUCAGAAAUAAACACAGAACUCCACUGCCGAACAUUCCCCGACCCCACGGAGUCCCUGGCGCUCCAAACUUGCUCACAUGUAGACCCCCGUGAGACUCACGCUGCGCCUGCCGGUGCGGCCGACGAACAGCCGCUCUCCACAGACUCCCAGAACAAUCCAGACGACAGUGACUCACAGACUGGGGCUUCAGCUGGGUCUGUGGAGCAGACAGGAGAGGAAGUGAGAGAGCCAUUACAGGGGCAGCUGCAAAUGCAAGGAGCUUUGCCUGAUGAAAAGACAGACACCUCUUGCUCAGAGUGUGUCUGAUGAUUCAAAUGCUUUAGAGAGGGAUCAGUUGUUAUUUGGAAAUCUUUAUUCAAGAAUUGUGACCUUCAACCGUCAGAGUUUGAUUUAUUCUUGAUAAGUGCACUUCCAAUGAAGACAGAUUUUAACACAGAAGGCUCAAAGAGGUGAUCUAAUUUUAUCUCAUUUUGUCUCUAAACCUUUUCAAAAUUAUUGGUUUAGAUAAAUUACUAUAGAACUAUAACGUUGUCACUGAUACAGAUCAAUAAAACGGUGUUUCUGUGGGUUACUUGUAACUACACGGAGUAUCAUUUUUGCCCUGUUAUAGUCUUUGAUUAGCAUGUUUUCUGGUUGUGACUGGCAUCUAUGACAAAUCUAUAAGAUUCUGAGGUGCUUGUAUUGUUUCACUAUUUUCCAUUGUGCUGGUGUCUCAUUAUUGCUGCUAAUCGUUCUUAAAUGCCUGUCUGUAUAGCAUGUGUUCAUUUUACCUAAGCUGUUCCAAGUCUCAUACAAACUGUAAAAUGAUAAAUGAUGUCACCGGCAACACACUGACAUGCAUAUAAAUGAUGACCAACAUAAUUCAUUUAUAAUUCAUGCAACCAGUCUUUUUUGUUUCUCUUUUGUGCCCUCUUUUUAGCCAUGCUAGCAUUGUAGCAAAAUCUUUGGUCCAGCAAGUAUUGGAUGGACUGCUUUAAAUUUGGCACAUACAUUUAUGUUCCCCACAGAGGGAAUUUGAGUAACAUUAGACAUCCCUUGAAGUAGCUAUAAAGUAGCUAGCUGACUAGCUCCUGUCAGCUUUACACGGCUUUUUAGCAUUUUUAUUUUUUCUUUACAGCCCACAUUUUUACUGCCCUCAUAGCAUUAGCUGCAGCAGGCACAUUUUAGCAAAAAAGCUCUGAAAAAUUCAUUGUAUGCUAGCACGGUUAGCAACCUGCUUGUGAAGAAAGUGGAGCAUUUAGCAGCUAAAGAGCCAGAUAUUUCCCUCAGGGGCUAGUGAAGACCAAAACAGAGCUAAAAGGAGAGUGAAUGUGGACACAAAUACAACUAAAAAUGAAUGCUAACGCUACUUCUAUCUGCUGGUUGUGUCAAUAGCUUGCUGUUAGCUAACACAUUAGCAAUUUAAACUUAAAAUGUGAUUUCAGUAUUGUGUACGCAGCUUACAAAUUGAACUAUUCAUCCAGAACCAUCACUGCGUCAUAAUUUCACUUUGUCCAAUACUUACGACAUUCCCAUGUACAUUCAUUUAGCACUAAUUAGCAAAUGUUAAUACUUACAUGCUAAAUAGGGAGAGUACGCAGUCUGCUGAACAUCAGCACGUUAGCAUUGUCAUUGUGACGAUAUUAGCAAACGGACAUUAGCAUUUAACCCCCUGCUUCAACCUUGUCACGUUUAAAAAGGAAAUGAUACUGUAAUGUGAAAUGCUGCUAAUACGAUACCAACAAAGUAUUCAGUUAAAGCACAGAGUAACAAGUCAUGCUAAACCUAGCUGUCGUUGACACAGUUCAUCUCUCAUUUUUAGGGACAACAUGACAAUGUUGCUCUGCCAGUAAUUUCUCAUUCUAACAUCUUUCCUGUUUCUUUUGUCUUUCUUUUCUCUCAAACAUCACAUUCACCACCUCUUUGGUGUUAAGCUCAUCUAUGUGCCAACACACUUAUUAAGACAAAGAAAAACAUUUGUCUGUGCAUGUUAUUUAUCAUUUUACAGUUUUGUGAACAAUGUGAUAAAACUGCACUUUCUCCAGGUUUCAGAGGAGAUCAGGCUUGUGUCAGAGUAAUUACCUUUGUCUCUCAAUACUGCCAACAAAUGGGGGCCAAAUGUUCUUAUGUUUUUAAAACAACUGUACAUUUCCAUGAGAGCGUGAAUAAAAAGGUUUUUAACAUCCAUCUCACUUUAAAGGUGGUUAAUUAAUUGCGUUGGUGCUUACAGACCUGAAGAUUAAACUGCAGCAUUUU